GCGUCACCCCGCUCCCUCCCGGGGCCCAGAUGUUGGGGAGGGGCCGCAGCCAUUACGGCUGAGUCGCCGACGGCAGCGAAAUUCCAUGAAGUGGCGGAGGUCCCGGAGUCGCCAUGCGAUUCCUCCCGCGGCUGCUCCUGCUCGCGCUGCUGGUGCUCCCCGCCACCUUGCUUCUCGGGGGCGGUGUCGGAGGGACACUAGUAUUGGCCCAAGAUUCUACAGAAGAUGAGGAAACAGUAGAGGAUACAGUGGUUGAAGAUGAGGAUGAUGAAGCAGAGAUUGAAGAUGAACCUACAGAUUUGGCAGAAGAUAAAGAGGAAGAAGAUCUGUUUGGUGAGGCCAAAGCCUCAUCUAAUGCUGAUACAACUAUCUUGUUUGUAAAAGGAGAAGAUUUUCCUGCAAACAACAUUGUGAAGUUUCUAGUGGGUUUCACAAACAAGGGUUUGGAAGAUUUUGUGAUUGAAUCCCUGGAUGCCUCUUUUCGUUAUCCUCAAGAUUACCAAUUUUUUAUCCAGAAUUUUACGGCUCUUCCUCUCAACACUGUGGUGCCACCCCAGAAGCAGGCUACAUUUGAAUACUCUUUCAUCCCUGCAGAACCAAUGGGUGGGCGCCCAUUUGGUUUAGUUAUCAAUCUGAACUACAAGGAUGUAAAUGGGAAUGUUUUCCAAGAUGCUGUUUUCAAUCAAACCGUCACUAUCACUGAGAAGGAGGAUAGUCUGGAUGGAGAAAUGAUCUUCAUGUAUGUGUUCCUUGUUGGACUUGGGUUACUUAUCAUUGUUAGUCUGCAUCAACUUCUAGAAUCCAGAAAGAAGAAAAGACCGGUACAGCAAGUUGAAAUGGGUUCCGCAAAUCAGAAUGAUGUUGAUAUGAGCUGGAUUCCUCAAGAAACUUUAAAUCAAAUCAUGCACAGUAGAAGAGAUAAAGCUUCACCGAGACGCUUGCCCCGGAAAAGAGUACAGAAAAGAACAGUGGGCUCAGAUGAAUAAAUCGAAAUAUGUGCAGCAAUUUAAUCUUUACUAAACUCUCCUCACUUUUUGGGGCCUGGUGGGAAUUAGUGCAGAGAAGCCAUAUCCACAUCUGAAGAAACUACAACUUAAAUUUUUGGCUGAGUAAUCAGAAUCUGUGGUGAAAAUAUUGCUGUAAAUGCACUGUUAUUUCCUUUUCUUAAAAAAAAAAUCUUGGUUUUUUAAACCUUGAGAUCUGUGUGUGUGGAUGUAAUAAGCAGUUGGUUUUAGCAGAAUCACUGGUAUGCCUCAUGUAUGUGCCUUCAGAAUACUGAAGUUUCUAAUUUUUUUUCCAGAAAACUUACUGUUCUGUUAAAAGAAGUUUCUCCUUCUUAUGUCAUACUUAGAGUUGUGCAGCAGACUACCUGUCAGCCAUUCUGUUUGUCUGAAUAGUUACUGAUUUAGCAAAAGUGGCACAAAUUGUGUAGGUUUUUUUGUUGAGUGUUAGGUAGUUAGUAUUGUAAAGGCAUCUACAGGAAGCUACUUCUGGCAGUAUAAUGUUUUAUUUGGGAUUUUGCUCUUCAUUGUAAUGUGCACAGUAAGAAAACUUCCUUAUAAUGAUUAAAUGAGUUUGUGUAAAUGUGGGAUUUCUUCAGCAAUACAUUUAUGCUGAAAUAGGUUUAUGAAAAAUAAUUUUCUUAUAAAUGGAGAAAAAAGUACACUUGUGUGUGCCAAACUAUUUGAUUGUCUGUCAUAGUUAUGUUGCCUCUAACUAGAGAGAUAGCUGUUGAAUGAUGUUAGGCCUCCUCAGUAUUUAUACAUUAGGGAAAAUUUUCCAUUAGCACAAAUCUGUCAUUGUAGAAAUUGCAUUACGUUUAAUUGAGUACAUGAAUUUCCCAAACUUGUUUUCUGAACAGGGGCUAGAAUUCCAGUACGAAGAAAAAGCACUUGUAAAUUCUUCAAAACACUUCAAAAAUUUCAUCCACACUGAUGUCAUAAAUCCUGAACGAAUCAGAGUGAACUGUUUUUCAUUUGGUUGAUUGGUUUUUAAGAGCAAGUUUUUUUCCCAUAUGUUUUGGAUAGUUUUUUUAAGUGUAUUUUAGGCUUACAUGAAUAAUCUUUUUAGUAAAAAAGUAUUUACUGAAAAUUUAAGGGACUCAUAAAGAAAAGAUGACCCAUAAUUUCUUUAAAACUUUAAUGUUUUGAACUUAGCCAGCCAGGUACAUUACUCCAUGACCUAGUUUGAAGGUCAUUAGUUUUUUGUCAUUAAGGCUUGACUGAAUAAAGACUGAAGCUAAAGGAAGAAGCCAUUUUACACAUUUAGAAGGAAGAGCGAUCCAGGGGCUUUAUGUAUUUUAAUUUAACUUUCUACCCCUCUUUGCUUACUAUUUCCCUUUUCCCUCUUGGUCUUCUAUCCUUUUCUGAAACUCUUCUGAAAGAACCAAACAUCUAAGUCCAUGAUAGAUAAUAUUUUCAGACUCAUUUCUACUCAGUGGAUUAAUGCAGGGUCUAAGUUGGGCAGAAAAGUAUGUCUGCUAAUUCUUUUGUGUUGGAGUCUUCUAAGCAGUCAGUACAGUGCUCUUUACAUAGUAAGUGCAUAAUAAAUACAAUUAUUUGAUUGAUCGAUUGAUUAAGAUGGAGGGCUACCUAUGUUUGUAUUCCUGUUGAACUUUCCUUCUGUGAAAUGCAUAGUAUUUUAGCUUUCAAUUUAAUAUGGGAGAUAGUAUAUUUUAAAGCUACUGUGCUUGUCACCUGCAAAUAUAAAAAGCUUGGAUUUUAAUAAGCAAUUCGUAAUGAAAGAUAGCACUACUAGUGAAUAAUAGGUGGAAUUUCAUUCAAUGUUUGGUGUGAAUAUAUUAAAAGGGCCUAAUCUUAAAAUAUCUUACCCUAAAUAAUGUUGCAGGUCUUCUGGAGUGCUCACUUGAAAUCAGAGCCUUUGAGAAUUUCAAGUUCAGUUUUUUUGGAUGAUUUAAUCUGUUUGCUUUUGUUUCAUAAUAUGUUAUAUUUUGGUUAAUGGCCUCUUUCCUACCUCCUUGGAAUAUAUAGGCUUGUCAUUGAUUGUCAUUGGUUCUAUAAAAUGGCUAUGAAUUAU